AGAUUAGAACGUUGUUAAAAAGUGUUGAGGUCUUGGUUCGAAUCUUGUAGAGAAAGAGAAAGAACGAGACCGGAGUCAUUCUAAAAUACUUCUAGCAGCCAGAACGUGACUUUUUUUUUGUGGUUGUUUCUUUGCUUGAACACUUUUCCCUUCCAAACUUCUGUGCUGACGUCACACUCGGGAUGGCACGACCACAUUUCUAUAAAUAUGGCGCUAACCAACUUCUACGCAAGAACUUUUCCAAGUCUACCUAUUCCAACCUACACCAGAAAAGGACAUUUGAAGCAUUCAUUGUGGCCAAUAGCCCCUGACGACGACAGGUGAUUUGGAGUUCAAGGUCACGACCUUCAUGCCGCCAUGAUGGUGAAAGAGAACUACCUCCGAAGAUACUUUGCUUUAUUUCAGGUGGCGCUGCUGGUCUGGAGCAACAUCAUCCGCGUGCGAUGCAACGGACCAAUCAUCAACACGGACAAAGGUCAAGUUCAAGGUCUCACCAAAUAUCUCGACGGCAAGAAAUACGAUGUCUUCUUUGGAAUCCCCUACGCCAAGCCUCCCUUGGGCAGCCUACGCUACAGGCUACCCGUGCCGCCGGAUCGCUUCGAGGGCGUCCUAAACGCAACGACGCUACCAAAUUCUUGCAUUCAAGCUUUCGACAACUUCUUUCCGGGAUUCAUCGGAUCCAAUAUUUGGAAUACUAAUACUCCGAAAAGCGAAGAUUGCCUUUACUUGAACGUAUGGGUUCCAAGGACUAACCCCCCGUAUCACGACAAGGCUGUCAUUGUGUGGAUUUACGGCGGUAGCUUCAACAGCGGCACCUCAACGAUAGACAUCUACCAAGCCGACCGCCUGGCCGUGGAUCAAGACGUUAUUGUAGUCUCUAUCCAAUAUCGGAUUGGUUCCAUUGGAUUUUUGGCGCUGAACACCGUGGAGGCGCCAGGAAACGCGGGUCUCUACGACCAAAACAUGGCCGUGCAGUGGGUCACCAACAACAUACACAAUUUUGGUGGCAGCAACAGCAAAAUAACCCUCAUGGGGGAGAGCGCCGGGGCGGUCAGCAUCGGCCUACUUCUCCUGAGCCCUCUGACACGCGACAAGUUCCAGCGAGUCAUUCUUCAGAGCGGCAGCCCUCAGGCUAAGUGGGGCGCCUUGCCCAAGUCGGAUAUGGUCACCCGUUCACUGGCGCUUGCCGAAAUUGUCGGAUGCUACAAAGAAGAUGACCAUGACUAUGUGGUUGAGUGUUUUCGGAGUAAAAAUGCAUCGGAUUUUCCCGAAUUAGAUUUCCGGGUGACUCAGGGCAUUAUACAAUUCUCCUUUGUGCCCAUUAUUGACGGCGUCUUAAUCCCUCACGACCCACAACAGCUGUUGGAUUCUGGGACAUUUCCAAGAAUUCCUAUUUUAUUAGGCAGUAACGAAAACGAGGCUACAUAUUUUUUUUCCUACGAGCGUGCUGAGUUUUAUAUAGAUAACAAACUCGCCAUCAAUGUCGACAAGUACCGGACUAUAAUGCAGAGUUUUUUUUUUUUUUACCCUCGGCAUCCUCAUAGGUCCAAUCAAAUCGUCAAAGACGCCAUCUUGCACUAUUACCGGAACUGGCUCAAGCCGGAAGACGAGUGGGAGCUGCUUCGCUCCAUCGACAGGGCUGCCAGCGAUUACUAUUUUGUUUGCGCUGUCAACUACUUGGCGCGCUCUUACGCCCGCAACGACGCCCCAGUCUACUACUACUGGUUCAACCACCGCUGGUCGGCUAACCCUUGGCCCGCGUGGAUGGGUGUCCUCCAUGCCGAUGAGAUAUGGUUCGUCUUUGGGCACCCGUUCAACAGCUCCCUCAGUUUCACAGAGGAGGAGAGACAGCUGAGCAAAGACAUGAUGCGCUACUGGGGCAAUUUCGCCAAAACUGGGAAUCCAAACGAACCUGGAACAAUGCACUGGCCGCUGUUCAAGGAUGGGGAACAGGCCUAUUUAAACUUCACUAUUAGCUCGACCCCUGGCUCCUACUACUUGGGCCAUGCACCACGAGUGCAGCAAUGCGCAUUCUGGGAUUACUACCUGCCAACACUUCAAGCUCAAACAAGAAAUAUAACUGACGCCGAGACAGAGUGGAAGCUUCAGUUCAACGAGUGGAAGACCAAAUACAUUGUGGAUUGGAAAACUCAGUUUGAUAAUUUUUUGCAGAACUACCAGAGAAGAAUGGGCAGUUGUAGCGGCGGGAAGCCGUGAGAUGACGUCAUCACAUUGUGCGCACCAAUUUAUGCUGUUUCAGUUGGUUCUUUAUGUUGAGCUGAUUCAUUGACUCAUAUCCAGGCUUUGAUAAGACUAGGUUUUUGAGUUGUUUUUGAGUUUUUUUUUUUUUUUUUUUUUUUUUUUAAAGUUUAAAAUAAUUGCUUGUCAUGUUCAAUGUAUACAUAAACCUCAUUUGAAAUAAUAAAUAUAUGAAAUGUUAUUGUAUUCAUUUGUACACAUUUUGAUUUUUUUUUAUUUUCUCAUAUUUAUAUUCAUUUAUUAUCUUCCCAUUUUAAUUGACCGAGUGUGUGUGUGUGUGUUAUUCAGUGUGUGUGUGUGUGAGAGAGAAUUCUUCCGUGUGUGUGUACAAGUAUUCGCAAUAUAAAAAAAAACAAGAAAAAAAAACCCAACAUAUAAUGAUUUUCAAAAUCCUGAAACUUUGUGACUGCGUCUGUCCGUGUCUUCUGCUUUCUUCUUCUCUACACUAUAACACCACUGGAGGAUAUGGCACCAAUGCUGACUAUUUCAGAUUUGAAGCCAUCUUCAGGACUUGUCUGUUCCUCACAGUAAGUCAACAAAGGACAGAGCACUCUACUAUUUACCGACAUCCAUCCAGCUUCCGAGUUGUCUUCUUCCCUUUCUCCUAACUGUAUCUUGUCUCUGAUCACUUCUUAUAAACCACAGCAAUACACAGUGCAGACUAUUUCAUUACAUAGAGAAGCAACAACAUCCAAUGUUUCACAUUUAUAUAUUGUCUACCUGGAUAACAGUUGACGAAGUUUGCAAUGUUAGGUAAAAAGCAAAAAAUAGGCAAAUAGUGUAACCAAAAGGACAGAUGUUUGUACUACAAAAUAGAAAACACCAAACUGUGGGAGAUGAGUGGACAGAAAAAUAUAGAGGUGCAGAUGGAUUGGUCACACCCUUAGAAAAGAUACCAACAACAGAGCUAGACAGGCCUUAAGAGUGGAACCCCCAGGGAACAAAACGCAGAAAAAACAAAAAGAACAUGGCGACGCAGUAUACUAGAUGAAGCCGAGAGGAAAGGAAAGAGCUGGGAAGCCAUUAAAAGUCUAGCAAGAAACAGUGGAAAGUGGCGUGUCUUUACUGAGGCGCUAUGUUUCGAUAGUUCUGUAAAUUGAAAUAAUGAUGAUGAUGAUGAUAUACAAAAAAUUUAGUUUCUAUCUAAGUCAAUAAAAUAUGAUUAUUUUGACUCAGUGUAUACAGUUGCAGAAAAUUUCUGACAUUCACAAUCACAACAAAUUUCUGUAAGGAUCAAUAAAACAGUCUUAGUCUUAAUUAUCUUGUCCUUAGUACCAUUAACGUUAUUGCUAAUUCAUUAAUUAAAAUAUAUUAUUAAAAGAUGCUAACCAUUAACAGAAUAUAACAACUUUCGGCAGAGAGAGGGCAACAAUUAGAUAAGACUAAGACUAAGAUUGCUUUAUUGAUCCUUAUGCAAACAUUAGCUAAAGAAUGGCAACAACAGGCAUAAGAUUUAAACAUUAUGCAAAGGUUGUAAACAUUUGCAAAAGAUACAAACAUAAAGGAGAAGUAUCAAGCAUUAGGCAAAAGUAUUUUUAAAUCAACAGCGACAUAGAUAUAAUAUUUAGAUUGCCCUAAACUGUGUUAAUAUUAACAAGAAUCAGAUCAUUCAUCAUAAAGAAUUCAGUUCAUGACCAAUUUGAAGCAAGUAAGAAAAAAAUAAAGCUCCCAUUUCAGACUUUGCAAUCCCUAGAGCAUAUGAAGUACAAGGUCAUCUGUUUCUCUGUAGCCCACGGUUUAAUCAAAGUGAAAACUUUCAAGAUAUGGACCUGGUUUGGAUAUUCCUCAUUUCAUGUUAGGCUCGUUAGGUAGACUGACGCUUCGUUACACUUCAACCAAAAAGAUUGCAGGUAAACAGAAGAUACCUGGUGUCCACCAAAAAUAUGAUUCAUAAGACAGUUCUCCCAAAGAACAAGUGGGAUAUACCAUUGAGCAGAUUUGAGAAUUCGCAGAGUACACAGACACAGGAAACGUUUAGGUGCGAACUUUAAGCUCGUUAGAAUAAUUUAAAAAAAUUGUCCAAUCAAAUUGUUCGUUACUUUGUGCUAUGACCAAAAGGAAGACAUUUUUUUUUCGGAAUAAACUCGACAUUAAAACUAAAAGAAUACAAAGAAUAAAAUUGGCUUUUGAAAAUCAUAAAAAAAAAAACAUAAAAUGUCGAAGUCCUAAGAUUUAAAGAAAAUUAUUCGCUUCAGUGAGAAACAGAAGACGAUUCACGCCAAUUUGAGAUUUCUAACCAUCUAGUUAACUUUUGUUUACAUAUUCCAGUGUAUAAAGUCUCUGUAAAAGGUGUGUUUUGGUGUAUUUCAACCUAUUCUACCUUACCUGUCUAAAUCAUCGUUAUAGUUACACGUAACUUUUGAUCACGUAUUUUUGUUAUGGUUUAGAGCUAUUUUAAAUUUUCUUGUUGAAAUCAAAGGAAGAUUUAGUCUGCAAGGUAUAUAUGUUUGAUUAAGCCUGAAAUAAAUUCCGCAAAUGAAAAGUAGAGCUGAUAUUAAUUUUUUUAAAACAUAUAUUUUGUGCAUUUUUUCUUCAAAGAAACAACAUUGAAUGAAUAUGUCACUAGUUAUUGUACAGCAAUGAUACCGCCCUAUAAUUAUAUUUAUUUAGAAAUGUUUCCUUUUGCAACGCUUAUUCAAUUUUAAUCUUGAUUUUGAAAAUUUGCAUAUAAUCAACAUUAAAUUUUCUUUUUGCACUUUUUUUUAUCUACUUAUUUGAUUCUAAUAUAUGUUAAAAUUAAAACAUUUUAUUAUUUUAUCUUACGAUAUCAUUGUUAAUGUACUUAGCAAUAGUAAUGUAAUAAGUUCAGGCUUGAUAGUGGGUUUUGCACUGUGCUUAUUAAACAGUGAGACCAGAUAACACAGUAAUGUUCUCACUAAAACCAUAUAUUUUAUCGAAAUAACGAAUACAGUAAUCUUACCUUCAAGCGAAUCGAAUUAUGAAUGUAAAUCAUUGGUGAAUAACGAAACGUUUAAACUGAACAUUACACGCAUCUUAAAUGAUUCACUGUUUUUUUUUUCGGUUUGCUUCGAAUGUUCAUAAGUAUUUACGGAAUUCAUUAUUCUUAAAUUUAGAACAUUUUGCUCCUUGACUACUAAAUGAAUUGUCUAACCUUAUAUUCAUCAAUAUUCAUGAUCUCUUAAUGUUCUCUAUUAAUCAGGAUCCUAAUGCCGUCAAUAAUUUGGUCAUUAAUGUAUCAUUCUGUAAUAUAAUAAAUAAUUGUUUCAUUUACUUGAUUUGAGAUAACACAAUUUUUACUUCUGCUCAUGGAGACUGUUGCACAAAUCACCCUAUCAUCCCCCACCCCUGGUAUUUGAACCAAUGUUUAUGAGAUGAUUUUGUAUGUGUUCUGAUACCAAAUGUAAUUAUAUUUAUUUUUGUUUAUCAGCAUUGAAAAAAACAAACAAAAACAUGCAGAAGGCAGCUUUUAUUUUUUAUUUUAAGUACAGGUUUUUAUUUUAAAUGUUUUAUUUCAAAUGUAUUUGUCUUGGGGAUAAAUAGCAAACAAACUUGGUCAACUUUAAUAUUGAGCUGAAAGAAGCCAAGUUUCAAACUGUAUUCGUUUCCAAUACUGCUUUAGUUCUGAAUUAUCUUUUUUUAGUGAUGAAAUUCGUUGAGAAGUUUAAGUCCUAUAUUAUUUUUCCCCUUGUAGAUUCUUUGUCAAUUUUUUUGACCUUCUUUUUUUUUUCAGAUUGUAUAAAUGUUUACUUCCAUUUCUUUUUCUUGUGUUUCAAAUGAUUUUUUAAAAAAAGAUGUUUUGUUUUGUUUGUUAUUCACACUUUUAUCUAGUCAUUAGCGAGACUGUGAUGAUAAAGAUGUGUGAUUAGCUGAUGACGUCAACUGUGCCUUUAAAAAAAAUAAACAAAAACAAACUGAGUUGAAUGGUAUCAGGGUAAUGAAGGACUAUAGAUUUUUUUUUAAAUUUCUUUUGUGUACAUUUAAAUAUAACGCCAUGAUUAGUCAGAUUUUUGUUUUGUAUAGUAAAGCCAGAAAAAAAUUGUGACUAUAGUAUUUGAAUUUAUGUUGUGCUUCAAUAAAGACGUAUAUUUUAUA